AUGGUGCUGAACAACGCAGAUCACUACCCUGGCGCAGUGAAGCUUGACUUCGAACUUUUCAAAUCCCUGUUAUUGGACUCGAUUCCAGUGAUACUUUCCUAUAUCUUGCAGAACUCCAUACAAACCGCAUCGAUUAUAAUCGCGGGACGCCUCGGGCCAAAUGAAUUGUCCGUUGCUGCCUUUUCGAUGAUGUUCGCUUUUGUUACUGGCUGGUGUGUCGCGCUAGGUGGGACGACUGCCUUGGACACUCUGGGCUCACAGGCUUUCACCGGUGGGGUUCAGAAGACCGACCUUUCGAUCCACUUCCAGCGAUGUGUAAUUCUUCUCUGGCUUUUUCUCAUUCCCGUGUGUAUCCUCUGGGCUUUCGUCGAGCCGCUACUGCUGUCUUUUGGACAACCUCUCUUCCUGGCCCGAGAAGUUCAGAAAUUUUUGCGUGUUUUGGUUCUUGGUGCCCCUGGGUAUGUCGGCUUUGAAAGUUUAAAGAAAUAUCUACAGUGUCAAGGGAUCAUGGGAGCAUCGACUAAGAUUCUGAUUAUCGUCUCCCCAAUCAACCUAGUUUUGAACAUAUUCCUCGUCCACUAUACCCCACUCGGGGUCCUCGGCGCACCCUUAGCAGUCUCCAUUACCUACUGGCUCUGCUUCGCCUUUCUAGGAAUCUUUACGUACUUCUCUGGCACCCACAAACAAAACGGGACAUGGGGUGGGUUUCAGAUUGCUGCCGUUCUUGAUCUUCGAGGCUGUUACGAAUUCCUCAAACUGGCUUUGCCUGGAAUACUCAUGGUCGGCACCGAGUGGGCCGCCUUUGAGAUCGUGGCGUUGGCUGCUGGCCGGCUCGGCGAGGUCCCACUUGCUGCACAAUCCGUCAUCAUGACUACGGACCAGAUCCUUAAUACUCUUCCUUUCGGGAUUGGUGUUGCUGCGUCCACUCGGGUUGGCAAUCUCAUCGGCUCUCGCUCACCCAGAGGGGCAAAACUUGCUGCUCAUGCUGCAGCACUUCUCAGUGUUAUAGUUGGUGCUGUCGUUAUGACCGCUAUGAUGCUCGCAAAGGACGUAUACGGCCUUCUGUUCAGCGACGAUGAGCGAGUCGUACUACUCGUGAGCAAGGUGAUGCCACUUGUCGCUUCCUUUCAGAUCGCGGAUGGUUUAGCUGGAUCGUGUGGUGGAGUUCUUCGGGGCCAAGGCCGCCAACACCUCGGCGCUCUUUUCAAUCUGUUCGCAUAUUACGUUCUUGCUCUUCCGAUGGGUAUUACCAUGGGAUUUCACGCGAAGUUGAACCUUGGUCUGCAGGGCCUCUGGAUCGGCCAGGUUGUCGCCCUAUUUAUCGUUGGGAUAGGCGAAUAUUGUGUUGUAUGGCUGGUCACGGACUGGGAUUUAGAGGUGAAGAAGGGGAUUGAGAGAAACCGCGAGGAAGCGAAUCGCCGUGCUUGA